AUGGGUUACAGGGAAAGUGCGUUUGUGUUUGCCAUUUCCGCUGCCGGUGUAGCGCAUAAUGUUGCUCGUGCUUGCAGUCAAGGACGUCUGGUGUCAUGCGGUUGUGAUCCUUCAAUUAAUCGGAAAACGCUUAAUAGAAAUCUGAGAAGAAGCCUUGAUAAGGAGAAGAAACUAUUUCUCCAAUACUUAGAAACAAACCAAAUACUAACACCUGAAGAGGAGAAGAAGUACGAAAGAGCAAAAAUUACCAGCCGUUGGAAAUGGGGAGGAUGUUCUCAUAAUAUGGACUUUGGAGUUGAAUUUUCUAAGUUAUUCUUGGAUUGCCGUGAGAAGGCUGGAGAUGUACAAUCAAAAAUUAACCUGCAUAAUAAUAAUGCUGGACGAAUCGCUGUUUCCAACCACAUGGAGCUACGAUGUAAAUGUCAUGGAAUGUCCGGUAGCUGCCAGUUAAAAACUUGUUGGAAAUCUGCACCUAAUUUUCACGUAGUUGGGAAAUUGCUUAAGCAUCAGUUUCGGCGGGCUCUAUUGGUGGACCAAUCUAAUUUGGGAAAUGGAGAACCUAUAGUCGUACUAAAACGAUCACGACCUAAGAAACAAAAUUCUUCCACGAAAAUUAAACAAGCUGAUAACCGAGAACGAAAUGUAAGACCCAUUCGCAAAAUGAAAAUGGAAAAAAAUGAAAAAAGGUCUGCCGGUUACCUUGAGACAUCGUUAUUUUAUUAUCAACGAUCGCCAAACUUUUGUGAGCGAGACUUAAGCGCAGAUAUUCAAGCAAAACUAUGUUUAUGUACUGUCUAUGGCCAGUUGCUGCAGAAGCAUACUGAGCGCCCGCAUCGAACGUGUCCACCCGCAAACUGUGGUAUGUCGUCUAUGCCGCCACGUGACAAAGAAUCAAUAGUUUUGCUUAUUUCGGUUAUUGUUUACAGCUCCUUCUAUGUACAAGGUAUGUCGCAAAAGAAACAGGACUGUUGA